AUGACGAUGACAGAAUCGAUGAAGAAUUUCCUUAGGGAUCUUCCCAAAUGUGAACAUCACGUCCAUUUGGAAGGUACUUUGGAACCCGAUCUUCUAUUUCAUUUAGCAAAAAGGAAUAAUUUGACACUUCCAUCAGGAUUUCCUUCUACUAUUGAAGAUUUGCAAUAUAAAUAUGAGCAUUUCAAAGAUCUUCAAGACUUUUUAGAUUUAUAUUAUGCUGGAAUGUCCGUUUUACUUACGGAGCAGGAUUUCGAGGAUUUGGCAUGGGCUUAUCUUGUGAAAUCUCACGAUCAAGGAUUGAAACACGUGGAAGCAUUUUUUGAUCCCCAGGGUCAUGUGGAACGUGGCGUAGACAUGCACUGUGUUAUUAAAGGGUUCAAUAAAGCACUUAGUAGAGCAGAAAAUGAAUUCGGUAUGAGUACAAAGUUAAUUAUGUGCAUAUUGAGACACCUACCUACAAAGAAUUCCUUGGAAACGUUGAAAAACUUUAAGCCAUACUAUGAAAAGGGAUGGAUUGACGGAUUGGGUAUGGAUUCAACAGAGGUUGGAUUUCCCCCAGAGUUGUUCGAGGAAUGCUAUGCUUAUGCCAAAGACAAUCUACCGGAAGGAACAUUACUAACUGCACAUGCAGGAGAAGAAGGAGAUAGCUCUGUUGUUACACGGUCUGUGAAUAGGUUAAAUGUGAGUAGAAUUGAUCAUGGUAUUCAUUCUGCAGACGACCCUGAGGUGAUGAAGAUGCUAGCGGACAACGAUAUUAUGCUCACAGUGUGCCCGUUGUCCAACAAAAGGUUGAAUGUUGUUCAAGAGAUUAGCGAGGAACCUAUUAGGAAGUUUUUGGAAUACGGUGUUCCAUUCUCUAUCAACUGUGACGAUCCUGCCUAUUUUGGAGGAUAUAUCUUGGACAACUACAUGGCCGUUCAAGAGGCCUUUAACUUUGAUAUGGAUACGUGGAUUACCAUAGCCAAAAAUUCCGUUAGGGGUAGUAUUUUGGAUACGGAGCGGAAGCAAGUAUUAUACGAUUCUAUUACAGAUUGCUACAAGAGAUAUGCAGAUUUAGAGGAUUAG